GGAGGGCCGGGGGUGGGUCCCUGAGCCUCUGCUCGGUGUCUGCGCCCGCUCGCUCAGCAGCUCUGAGUUCCCAAGUUACAGUGCCCUCCUGAGCGCUGUAGGGGCUUCGUAUUCUUGUCUGUCUGCAGGAGCUCCGGUGGGGGCUUCCGAAGUGAGGAGGUGGCUCCAGCGCUGCCAGAGCAGAGAGACGUGGGGCUCGUGGGGAUAGUUCUCUUCGCAUUUUGGACCUUGUGUGAUAAAUAACCCGAGGAAAACCCACAAGGGGCAGCCUCACAGCGUCUGCGUUUUCAGGAGUUGACCUGUCCCCCACUAGUUAUGAACUUCCAACACUACAGGAGUGCUAAGGGCUGAUUGAUUAAUUUCAGUCAAUUUCCAUGUCAAUUUCUAGGUGGCUCAGCAAAAUUUUGAACACUAGCUAUGGAAGAUUUGAUGUUUGUCUGCAGCAACUUCCUCGACCCGUAAGUCCUGCAGCCUUCCAUUCUUUUGUGCUUAUAAAGGCUCCCGGGCUUCUCUAUCCAGAGUUGCUCUGUGUUGGUUGGCCAUGGGGAGCACCCUGGGCUGCCAUCGCUCUAUCCCCAGAGACCCCUCAGACCUGUCACAUAACCGUAAAUUCAGUGCAGCUUGCAACUUCAGCAACAUCCUGGUGAAUCAGGAGCGGCUAAACAUCAACACCGCCACUGAGGAGGAACUGAUGACCCUGCCUGGGGUGACACGUGCAGUGGCCAGAAGCAUCGUGGAGUACCGAGAAUAUAUCGGUGGCUACAAGAAGGUGGAGGAUCUAGCUCUGGUGAGCGGCGUAGGGGCCACCAAACUGGAACAGGUCAAGUUUGAGAUCUGUGUGAGCAGCAAGGGUAACUCCGCGCAGCACUCUCCCAGUUCCCUGAGGCGGGACCUGCUGGCUGAGCAGCAGCCUCAUCACCUGGCCACCUCGGUGCCCCUCACGCCACGAGUCAAUAUCAACACAGCCACCUUAGCUCAGCUCAUGAGUGUCCGAGGCCUCACGGAGAAGAUGGCUGUCAGCAUCGUGGACUACCGCCGUGAACAUGGUCCCUUUCGCAGUGUGGAGGACCUGGUGAGGAUGGACGGAAUCAAUGCAGCCUUCCUGGACAGAAUCAGACACCAGGUGUUCGCAGAGAGGUCCAGGCCCCCAUCGACCCACACCAAUGGAGGGCUCACCUUUACCGCCAAGCCUCAUCCCAGUCCCACAUCUCUGAGCCUGCAGAGCGAGGACUUGGACCUGCCACCAGGGGGGCCCACACAGAUCAUCUCCAUGAGGCCUUCGGUGGAAGCCUUCGGAGGGAUGAGGGAUGGGCGGCCUGUGUUUAGGUUGGCCACCUGGAACUUGCAGGGCUGCUCUCUGGAGAAGGCCAACAACCCUGGCGUCAGAGAGGUGGUGUGCAUGACGCUUCUGGAAAACAGCAUCAAGCUUCUAGCUGUUCAGGAGCUGCUUGACAAAGAGGCCCUGGAAAAGUUCUGUACAGAGCUAAACCAGCCGAUCCUGCCCAACAUCCGAAAGUGGAAGGGGUCCCGAGGGUGCUGGCGGUCUGUUAUUGCUGAGAAGCCUUCGAAUCAGCUCCAGAAGGGCCCCUGCUACUCUGGAUUCCUGUGGGACACAGCAGCCAGUGUGGAACUGAGGGACAUCCCCGGGCAGGAGAACUCACCCAGCAAUGGUCAUGGGAAGGCUGAGGGUCCGAGCCCAUUCCUCGCGAGAUUCAAGGUGGGAAACAACGACCUGACCCUGGUUAACCUUCAGCUGACAACCCUGGCCCUCCCAGGAGCUGAGAAUUCAAGCAAGAAUCACGGUGAUGGCCACCGCUUGUUGAACUUUGCACUAACUCUACAGGAAACUCUGAAAGGAGAAAAGGAUGUUGUUAUUUUAGGGGAUUUUGGCCAAGGGCCAGAUAGCAGUGACUAUGAUAUCCUAAGGAGAGAAAAAUUCCACCACCUGGUCCCGGCUCACACCUUCACCAACAUCAGCACCAGGAAUCCCCAAGGCUCCAAGUCAGUGGACAACAUCUGGAUCAGCAAAAGCUUAAAGAAAGUGUUCACAGGUCACUGGGCUGUUGUGAGAGAGGGUCUCACAAACCCAUGGAUUCCAGAUAACUGGUCCUGGGGUGGAGUGGCUUCUGAGCACUGUCCUGUCCUCGCUGAGCUGUAUAUGGAGAAGGACUGGAGCAAGAAGGAAGUCCCCAGGAAUGGCAAUGGAGUCACCUUAGAGCGAAGUGAGGCCAACAUCAAGCACGAGCGAUGAUGACAUCACCGCUUUCACCCUCUGACUCAGGAGGGCAAAGGAAGGAGCUGGCUCUACAGGGUGAAAGAUCUGGGGCCUGCGAGUCAUCAUUCUGAGGACAUUAGCCUGGUCCCUGGGCCGCUUCCUACUUUGUGAACACUUUAGAACCUCUCCUGAGGGGAGCCUGUCAGGGGCUGGCUAUGCCAGGCACCAUGGCGAAGCUGGCUGGAACGGCAACGUCUUGGGGCUGGGCAUCUGAGUUCUGGCUUGGGGCGGGGUGGCACUGCCAGCUGCAUUGCAUGGCGGCAUGAGAAAAGCAAAGGAGGUGGAGUGGAGACGGGGCGAUGGCUCAGGCUGACAAGCAAUGCCACAGCUCUCAUUUCUGCCUCGCCAGGAUGCCGUGUUCUGCCGACCAGGUCCAGGAAGCUUUUAACUGUGAUGAAAGCACUUCUCAAAGAUUUUUAGUUUUGUUUUGAAAAAAAUAAUAAUAAACAUUAUUCUGACUGGCUGCAGUAA